GUCUAAACCAGCUUUCCAGUUCGAACAGGCUUUCCUGUGACGGUGAGCCGCUCACUUCUACUUUACCUUUUUCUUAAAGGCCGAUAAAAAUCUACGGAGACCUCGCUAAGUAAAAUCAUCGGAGUGGGGGUUCUGAACGGGUUAGGUAACCUUUGAACCACAAGUGGAGGUUUUGGUCCUGCUAUGUUUGCUUUUGCUCGGGGACUUAAGUGAAACAAGCGCCGGGAUGCACGUGCAAUAAGAUUACUUCGUGAGUGAAGCGGCGAGUAGAUAAAUAGGCCGGUGUCAGAAGUAUGGACCUGAGAUAGGAGGUGGGACCUGCACAGUCUCACGAUCAAGCAGCGCACCUGUAUCGAUCCGGAGUUUUGCUGGCGAGGCGCCGCAAGUUUGUCACCUGGGGCGCCGCUUCCGUGUGUCUGCAACCGACACUCUGAUCGCAUAUGUUCGUUUAAUAAAUUCAUUCUCAUAAAGAGAUCACAUGAAAUACGAGGUUGCAUAAAGGACAGACAAUAGCCUAUACAUGCAAUAUGAGCAUCUUCAUCCACUUCGCAUUCGCGUGCUCGAUGGUUAUAAUUGCAGCCCGGCGCGUUUCGACAAGCGACGCUUCCGUGAGGGGGUCUGCAGUGCUGGAGGACAUCGUUCGCUACUAUGGGGAAAACGGCACGGUUUCCAGCGCCCAUCUGGACAACAUGCUACGGAUCAUUGGGGACGGCGGACCGUCUGGCGUUUCGGAUGGUGCGUCCGUAUAUGCAAAGUGCACGACAGCGGCGGAGAUGUUGGCAGAGCACGGACUGCCCGUUAACGCGCAGCUGAGUGCCGGCCAUCUGGACCACCUAUGUCCCGCCAUCCUCGGCCAGGCGGUGAUGCCCUCCUGCGCCCGCGCCCACGCCCCCGCCGCGAGCCACAGGGCCGCUGAUUACCGCGUGUGGGGCUACGGAGCCCUUGCAGUCACCAUCAUCAACCUGUUCUCGCUGCUGGGCCUGGCGCUCAUCCCCUUCACCAAGAAGCCCUACUUCCCCAAGGUGCUCACCUACUUCGUGGGCCUGGCCAUCGGCACGCUCUUCUCCAACGCCGUGCUGCAGCUCAUCCCUGAGGCCUUAGGAUUUGACCCAAAGCGGGACAACUACACUCUGAAAGCCGUUGGAAUAUUUGGGGGAUUUUAUCUUCUGUUCUUCAUGGAAAAGAUACUGAAGAUGUCUUUAAAAACAGAGCACCAGCAUGGGCACAGUCACCUGGCCCCCCCAGAAUCCUUCCCCGCCAACCCGCACCACAACGGCGACCUGAGCCCCAAUGGGGAGGUCAUCACCAUCACCAGCUUCAGCAGCGACAAGGCCGUCAUCAACCCCCAUCCUCUCGACGAGCCGGUAGCCAUGGAAACGUCAGAGCACGAGGAACGCAAGUCGGUCAGGACUUUCUGCACCCGGCAGUGGAGAGACCUUUCCAAAGUGAAGACAGUGGCGUGGAUGAUCUCGCUGAGCGACGCGCUCCAUAACUUCAUCGACGGCCUGGCCAUCGGGGCCUCUUUCACGGUGUCUGUGCUCACCGGCUUCAGCACCUCCAUCGCCAUCGUCUGCGAGGAGUUUCCCCAUGAGCUGGGCGACUUUGUGAUACUGCUGAACGCAGGGAUGAGCAUCCCUCAAGCAGUCUUCUUCAACCUGCUGUCGGCGAUGUCCUGCUACAUCGGUCUGGCACUGGGCAUCCUGGUGGGCAGCAACUUCUCCCCGAACAUCAUCUUUGCCUUCGCUGGAGGCAUGUUCCUCUACAUCGCGCUGGCUGACAUGUUCCCAGAGCUAAAUGCCAUCCUGUCAGAGCAGAGGAGGACCACAAGGACAGAGAUCAUCUUCUUCCUGAUCCAGAACGCCGGCCUGUUGACGGGCUUUUCCGUCAUCUUGCUCAUCACUUUGUUUGCCAGCGACAUCAAGCUGGGCUAGGCCUCCAUUUCAGGAUUUGGGGAAUAUCCAUCCGGAUGCUCCUCCAGGAAAGAAUGACAUGGCCAUGAAUGGUCAUCCCUCUGGACCCUGGGAAUGGGGUGUGUCACCCUGAGGAGGCCCUGAAAGCCAUCAGGACCAUGGCUCAGGGGACACUUUUCAUGAAGAGUAUUUGCUGUAUUAAAUGUCAUCUGAAAGUUGAAAAAAUAUAUUUGGUCAAAAGAAAAUCCCAAAAAUAAAAAAGAAACAGCCGUCCUGUAA